AUGACAGCAGGAGACGACAAAAUUGACCUUUGUCCCAACAAUGGUGGCAUUGCUGGCGUGAAACAUGAGAAAGAAGCGGGUAUCGCAGCAGCAACCAAUGUUCACAGUGUGACGAACAACCUACAAGUAUCGCCAGCGAAAGUCUCGGAGCUUUUGCUGUCUGAAGGACCGCUGGCCAUUCGAUUUAUCACGAAAGCGCUCUGCAAGCAAAUGCCGGGUUUUGCGGAGCUAUCGGCGUCCAAACAGAGGAGACUCAUCAUGGCGGCACUUGAAAUGGGCGACAGAGCAAGCUGUGUGGUAUUCACCAAGAUCGGCUGGGGCCAUUGGUCGGCCACAAAGGUCGAAGAUCCGGCCGAUUUCGAAAAAGAACGCGAAGCCACUAAUAUUGCCAAUAGUAAAAUCAAAGAUAUGGUGUCCCAAGAACGCCGCAAAAGCAGUUCCGUCUCUCAGACGAAAAAACCAAUCGCAGCAGGGUUCAAACGUGAGCUGGAAAUGCCUGGUGGCAGUCGAGCGGCUGUGUUUCUGGACGAAAAUGCACUUGCGUCCGAUGACGAGGAUUACGACGGCAAUGUGGGCGAUUUGGGUGGCAAUCGCGACGAAAUAGAUGAAGACAACGACUUUCAUGAUAAUGGCUACGAUUUUUUCAAAAAACGCAAAUCCAGCGUGGUGGUGUACGCGGAAAACUCACCCCCGGGCGAGCCGGACCAUGACGCCGCUGCAAUACACGGGUCUGCAAACCCAAGACCCUCACUCAAGAGUCAUCGUCGCUCCUCGUCGAAAAUACGGUCGCCAUCGGUAAGCAAGCGCAGCUCUUUCCGAGGAUCCAAUGCUAGUCUUGAAGCCAUCACGAGGCGGCUUUCAUCGCCCGCUACCGUAAUUGAAAAGCAAUCUACAAAGACAGCAACAGGGCCCUCAGGGCCUGCAACUACCAAAGACCCAGAGACCCGCGGAAGAGAGCCACGGUUGUCGUUUUCCAAAGAAUCCAGUUUGCGCUCCACACUACUUUCGCAUGCAAACCUUAGAUCAAGUCCCCUCCAGCGCGCAAUCGAUUCCAGUCAGAAUAAGGAUCUGUCGUACUACCGUCUGAAUAGCCCGUCUUCAGGAAUCAAUGCGUUAGCCAGCUCGAAUGGCGAAGACGACAGUGCUGCGAUUGAAGAAGACGAGGAUCUUGACCGUUUCGACGACACGGACGAAGAAGACUGGAAACAUAUCGGAGCCGAGUCAUUGAGAAAUAGUCGUGCCCCGUCACAGAUACGAUCACCGCCACAAGUAACAUCGCCACACUCGCUAGCUGUCAACCGGCCUGCUUUGGAACGCCAGCCAUCUCAUUUGUCGCUAAGCCCACCCGUGCUGCUGGACGGCUCGGAAUCAAUACCCAAAACUCAAUCCUCGGCUAGUUCAAACAGGCAAGAGCCUCAGGCAGAGACCCAAGACGCUGCAUUUCUACUGAUGAGUUUGAAGUCGUGA